CUAGAUAUUUAUCCAGUGAGCGCAGCCGCGCCGACCACCAGUUCGGCACCAGCUGCUACACACAACUCGCCUUUGCCAAACGCAACUCGCACUCCCUAGACUGCACAGGCUGCGUGUUCUGUAUGAACUGAAGACAUCCACCUUUUGCCAAACCUAAUUCGAAAUGGCGGCUCCGCUCCAAAACGCCUACACCAACAAGAGAGUGCUGGACAGGUACCUGAGCCUUGAGCAACCCAAAAACGUGAUUUUGGCCACCUACAUCUGGAUCGACGGCUCUGGGGAAAACGUCCGUGGCAAGACCAGGACCCUUGAUAACACUUUUAAGGACGUGUCGGAACUGCCCAUAUGGAACUUCGAUGGCAGCUCAACGGACCAAGCCAUAGGCAAAAACUCCGACGUCUACCUUUAUCCCUGCGCCAUUUACAAAGACCCCUUCCUGAGAGGAGACAACAUCCUCGUCCUGUGCGACACAUACAAAUACAAUGAAAAGCCCACUGAAACCAACCACCGCAAAUCCUGCCUUGAGGUCAUGAAACGCGCAGAGAAACAUGUACCCUGGUUCGGCCUUGAGCAGGAGUACACCCUGCUGGACCAGGACAGGCAUCCCUUUGGCUGGCCAAAGAUGGGAUUCCCCGGACCCCAAGGCCCCUACUACUGCGGCGUCGGUACAAACAAGGUGUUUGGCCGAGACAUUGUCGAAGCUCACUACAAGGCUUGCCUCUACGCUGGUGUCAAGAUCUGCGGCACUAACGCCGAGGUCAUGCCAUCCCAGUGGGAGUUCCAGGUUGGUCCCUGUGUUGGAAUAACGAUGGGUGAUGACCUCUGGAUCGCCAGGUACAUUUUGCAUCGCGUUGCUGAAGAUUUUGGUGUUGUCGUCACCCUGGACCCCAAGCCGAUGCCAGGAAACUGGAACGGCACUGGAGCCCACACCAACUUCUCCACCGAAGCUACAAGAGCGGAGAAUGGCAUCAUUGAGAUUGAGAAGGCGAUCGACAAGCUGUCAAAGCAGCACCUGCGCCACAUCAAAGCUUACGACCCCAAAGAGGGCAAGGACAAUGAGAGACGACUCACUGGACUCCAUGAGACAUCCUCCAUCCACGAUUUCUCUGCUGGAGUGGCAAACCGAGGCUGCAGUAUUCGCAUUCCUCGCCAGGUUGCAGCGGACAAGAAAGGAUACUUGGAGGACAGGCGCCCCUCAUCCAACUGCGACCCAUACAGUGUGUCCGAAGUUCUGGUGCGCACAAUCUGCCUUGACGAAUAAACAGGGUUGUGGCCAAAUUACUCACUGAGCAGCCAGAGGAGUCAGAUUAUAAAGCGCAUCAUCUAAUUUUUGAGCUCGAUGUUUAACUGUUGACAAGUGCAUUUUUCUACACAUAUUUUGCCCAUCUUGAAAAAAAAACUUGAAAUCUGUCCCAGUACUUCUAUAUAUCAUGUCUCGCCUUACUAUACACCUUUUUGGAAGAACUCUAAUUUUGAUGCACGUACACACUCUGUAGAGUAGAGCGUAAGAGGAAAUUGCACAAAUUCACACCUUCCUCACAGACAUUAUUUUUCGAGAAAGGGUAUGAAAAAUGAUUAAGGCGAUGAAUGAAUGCCAUUCUUAUACACAUGCCAAAAGGGGUUUUGAGUAGAUGAGGCAGCUGCAGCAGUGAUGCAUGUCAUUUAUACGUAAAAAGACCCGCAAAGUUUCCAGCUAAGUGAAAUUGUGAAUGUUUGAGGAACAGCGGCAGAUAUGAUAGUUCAUUAAUAAUGCCUCGCACCAAUUCAAGCACAAAUUGACAAAAAAGAAUACGUUGCAUUCCACUCACUAACCCUCUCUAUCUGCGCGCCUGUUUUAUACAAAAUGCUGGAAAUUUCUGAGGACUCUUGCCCAAUUUUAACCUAGAAAUAUUUGUUCAUUGUUGUAUCAACCAAAAUUCUAGUUAGUGAUAUUUGUGUACUUGUCGCGCUACUUCUGCUUUUUAUUGUCUUUCUUGCCACUUGUUGACGAGUGUGAAAUUGAAAAUUGUAUUUUAAAAAUGCUGUUUCAUAUUUUAAAUGUACUUGUUUUAAAUGAUGCAUAUAAAUGUUAUAAUGUAAAUUGUUUCUGCGACCAUUGAAAAAGCCACUUCGUGCAACCCAUUUUAAAGUGUUAAAGGGGCGAUAUUUUAUUAAUUUGCUUAUACACAAUAAAUAUAAUCAUGAAUAAAAGGAAUGGUGACAACGCAAGGAAAUAAAUGCA